AUGGCCGCCCUUGAAGAUGCCAAGCCCUGCUUCGCAGUGCGCCUCCAAACUGUGGACAGCGCGCAUCCCCUCGUCCGGUGCAUCACCCCGCCCAUGUUUGUCAAGGGCCCCAGAGCGGGCACCCAGCAGCGCCAAAGACUAAAUUCCAGAGACUUGGCACCCUUCUUCCCUCCAUCCCACGCCCUGAGCUGGUCCUCCCACACUUCACGCUGGGGCCUGGUUCAACGCCCUGCGCUGACUGACGUGGCGGUCUUUUCAGACGGGUCCAAGCAGCGUGUAGACGGGUCUCAAUGGGUAGACUACAGCUAUGCUAUCUCCUGUGGCGGAGCACAGCUCCUGAGCGGCUUUGGUGCCCUAACCUGCAAUCUUAUGUCUUCAACACAGAAGCAGUGGGUGCCUGGAAGGAACUCAAGCACGCCCUCGCUGUCCUCUACCCCACCCGAGUCUGGCUCUGUAUCGACAGCACCUCUGUCGAGCACCAGCCUCCUCAAGUGGGCCUUCCUCAAGGUUCACGCUGCGAUGGAGCGGCUGGACGUCCAUAUUGAAGCCAAGUAG